GCAGCUUCCUUGACGGAACCCAGCCCACCUGCCCCACCUGCACCCAUCAGGUCAAACACCAACAAGCAACAGCCCGUCUCCUUUUGUCGGGUACUUCCCAUUCUGUGUCCAUUGCCCGACACCGUUUCUCUGGUCAGAGCUGUCUUGUAGUCUCUCUUGCGCGCAAGCUUCUCCCUCCACCUUUCGAUCCAAGACGCGGGUGGCACCAGCCAUAUCAGACGCAGCCUGCGACUUCAGCAGUGGCCGGCAUAGUCGCGGUCCCAUUGGAGCCGUUCCGGUCGCAUCGCCAACGUCAACAAGUUGUUGCUGACUGUGUACUGCCGCGAGGCUGUAUAUCCAACUAUUUGGAGACUGGAAUCGAACAUAUUUCGCGCGCCCGGACACCAGAGCACCAACGGCAUCGAAGUGUGCCACGAGAUCCCAUCAUGCAGUCGACCCAAUACCUCCUUGUUUCUCUACCUCUCCGGAUCUUUGACGAUGACCCACUGGCAACCUUAACCGCAACAGUCGGGCGAGACAAUGGCGAGACGUUGCCGUUUUCGAUACCCUCGUUCAAGAUUGGGACCCUUGAUGCUCUCGUCCAACAUGCAGACGAGCUCGCGAAGCUCAACGCUACUUGCGAAGCCGCCGUGGCCAAGGUGGCAGACUCGCUCAAAGGGAUCCUUGAUGGGGAUGAAGACAAGACCGCACAGCAAAAGAUGGUAAACGAUAAGCCCACGGAUCAUUAUCUACGCAACUUCCAGUGGAAUAGACUCAGGUACCGAGCCGAUCGGCCGCUUGGAGAGUUAAUUGAUAAUCUGCAAAAGGAACUGCAAAACAUCGACAAUGAUGUCAAAGCCAAGUUCAACCAAUACAGCGGAAUCAAAACCACACUUGCGACGUUGCAACGAAAGCAAACAGGGAAUCUAGCAACCAAGUCACUGACGCCGAUUGUCGAUCCAAGCUUGCUGGUGCAGGACUCGGAGUACCUGGAGACGCACCUCAUCGCGGUGCCGACAAAUGCGCGAAAAGAUUUUAUCCGCAGUUACGAGACUCUCGCUCCUAUGGUGGUGCCACGAUCAUCGAUCCAAGUUGCCCAGGACGACGAAUUCACGCUUUUUGCAGUCACGACCUUCAAAAAGACCAGUGCUGAAUUCCUGCAGAAGUGUCGGGAACAGAAGUGGACACCUCGGCAGUACAAGUAUGUCGAGGGAGGCAAGGAAGAGGAACAGCGCGAGCUCGACCGAGUCGCCCGGGAGGAGAAGAAGGUCUGGGGAGAAGCACUGAGGCUUGCCCGGACCGGGUGGAGCGAGACAGUGAUGAUUCUAGCGCACGUUAUGACGUUACGUGUGUUCGUUGAGACCGUUUUGAGAUAUGGCCUGCCGUUGGAGUUUGUUUGCGUGCUUAUCAAGACAACCCCAAAACAUGCAAAGAAGGUGAAGGCAGCGCUGGACUCUGCCUACUCAUACCUUGGCGGGAAUGCUUUUGGGAGGGAUAAGAAGGGACGAGUCACUAAGGACGAUGCAUCGUUGACCUCCGAGAUGGCCGCUGUCGGAUUGGGCACUGAAGGAAGUGAGUAUACGGCAUAUGUGUACUAUGAGAUUGACCUCCCAUAAAAGUGCCCACCCUAAACGGGGGGGAUGCACCGGGAAAACCCCGUAGACAAUGACGUUGAACCGUGGGCCGUCGGGAGGAAAUGGCGUCGAUAUGUUUUCGGUGCUCUGGCGCAAACCCAUUCCCGGCAGGCGGUAGACAGAUUCCGUGCCUUCCCGCCACUACCUCGCAGCUUCCAAGACCA